UUCACCCACUCUCAUCUUCGCUUUUUCUCUCUCCCAACGCUGCUUGUCACUGUUUAUUUGCAGAUCCUCCUUAGUCCUUACAAUGUUUGGAUCUUCGAAUGCGUAUGUAUAACUUCGUCGUUUCCUCAGGCUUCUCGGCCGUUCGCUUUCUGAAGCUCAGUUCGGAUUCGGGAUGGGCUUGUUCCCUAUUCUCUGCCAAAUGAAUGAAACACUUAGAGUUCGAUGACAACGAGUGCGAUUCUAGUACAUCCCUAGAUGAUCGUGCGAACAAGGAAUGUGAUAGUGGCUGUUGGUUUAUGCCUAUGUGAACUUUGUGCCCAGAGACUUCUUUGAAUAGUUAUAAUGAUUUGGAGAGUCAAUUGUGGACAGAAUUGCAUUGAACUCGGAAUUGGGGUAUACUAUUUUACUUCUCUAACAACAAAUUAUGGAAGGUGACAGGACAACGCCUGUUUCAUCCGACGGGCUCAGUGAUGGUGCCCAGAAAAUUAGAGCACUGCAUGGACGGACUACUGGCCCUACAAGGCGUUCUACCAAAGGACAGUGGACGCCUGAAGAGGAUGAGAUUUUGCGGAUGGCUGUCCAGCGUUUUAAGGGAAAGAAUUGGAAAAAAAUUGCGGAGUGCUUCAAGGAUAGAACAGAUGUACAAUGCCUACAUAGGUGGCAAAAAGUCUUAAAUCCUGAACUGAUCAAAGGUCCAUGGUCUAAAGAGGAAGAUGAAAUAAUAAUUGAUUUAGUGAAUAAAUAUGGGCCAAAAAAGUGGUCAACUAUUGCACAGCACCUACCGGGACGCAUCGGGAAACAAUGCCGAGAAAGGUGGCACAAUCAUCUUAAUCCUGCUAUAAACAAGGAAGCGUGGACCUAUGAAGAGGAGCUGGCACUAGUACGCGCUCAUCAGAUUUAUGGGAACAGAUGGGCAGAAUUGACCAAGUUCUUGCCUGGAAGGACGGACAAUGCAAUAAAAAAUCACUGGAACAGUUCAGUAAAAAAGAAAUUGGAUUCUUACUUAGCAUCAGGUUUGCUUACUCAGUUCCAAGACGUACCCCUGGCUGGAAAUCCAAAUCAACCCGUGGUUUCUACCGCUUUGAGGCAGCAGUGUAGUGGAGACGAUAAUGGUUAUAAGGGUACUGAAGGAGAGGAAGUUUCUGAGUGUAGCCAAGAGUCAGCUAAUGUUAGUUGCUUCCCAUCUGCUAGAGAUAUGACAAACGUUGCAUUAAAUAAAACCGAGGAACUAAAGCCAAGUGAAGAUAUCAGUCUAGGAAAGGAGCAGAGUCCUAGUCAAGCAUCUUGUCUAGAGCCAUAUUGCAUAUCUCUGGAUGACGUCACAAUAUCCAUUUCAGAUGUUGCUCGUGAAGAUGCUUCUAAUUCUGAUUUCAUUGAGCAAACAUACUCAUAUGAUCCUGGAAAUUCUGCAAGCAGGGAUGCUCAGUUUACCUUACAUGCCCUCCCUAACAAUGCUUCAUCAGACUUGGAUCAGGAAUGUUCACUUGUUCGAAGGGAAAUGGCAGAUUGUGUUGAAAGCCAUGACAUUGUGAAUGUCCAAUUUCAUACUUCAGUGGGAUCAGGUAUUUCAACAUCCAUGGGACCCCCAUGCAUAGAUCUUGCGAAACAAGAGCACAUGUUAAUAUCUAAUGAAGAAUGUUGUAGAGUCCUAUAUUCAGAGGCAAUAAAUGAUGGAGGCUUUUCUUCAGGAGAUUAUAACAAAAGUGUUAAUACAGUUUCAUCCGGAUGCGUUUCAUUAUUUGGCCAAUCAUCUGACAUCCAUAUGCCUCAGACUGGUGGAACCUCAGCACCGCAAACUUGUCCCCUAAAAUCUAAUGAUUUAAUAGGAUCUUCAUGCUCUCAAUCUCCAAUGAUUUCUGCUAAUGAUGGUGAAUUAGUGUAUGCAGCUGAAGGCAACCAUCUAUUUGGGGCUGAUGGUCUGCAAUUUGUCUCCAGGGCUCAGGAUAGCUUCAUUUAUUAUGCUAACAACUCAUCCCUUGCUCCUUGUAUGGAUGCUAUAAAUAGUGGAGAAAUCCACACGGGACCAGAUAUUGUGGAGGAUGCUUCAAGAUUGGCGCCUGUAAAUACAUUUGGGUGUGUAUCAGAUGCCAAGCUUACUUUUUGUUCAGAGGAAGAAAGGACAGAUGCGCAUAUAGAACAGUUUGAGACCGGAGCUCUUUGUUAUGAACCGCCUCGAUUCCCAAGUUUGGAUAUUCCUUUCUUAAGCUGCGAUCUUAUACAAUCAGGAGGGGACAUGCAACAAGAAUUUAGUCCACUAGGUAUCCGCCGGCUUAUGAUGUCAUCUAUGAACUGUCCAACUCCCCUGCGGCUGUGGGAUUCACCUUCUCAUGAUGAUAGCCCAGACGCUUUGCUAAAAAGUGCUGCUAAAAGUUUCACUGGUACACCAUCCAUAUUGAAGAAACGACACCGAGACUUAUUGUCGCCUCUAUCAGACAAGAGAAUCGACAAGAAACUUGAGAUUGACUUGACGUCCACGUUGGCCACACAUUUUUCACGUUUGGAAGUCAUGUUUGAUGAUGACGGGACUCGGGAAGUAGUUAUGCUUUCUCAGCCCUUAAUGGAGAAAGAGAAAUCUGGAGCAACUGUUGAGGAUGCAGAAAACUGUGGACAAUCUUUGAAAGGAGAACAUGCAGAAGGAAGAAGUGAAUUUACACUUUUGAGCAACGAAAAGUCAGAGAAAGAGACAGUCGACAGCGAUUCUCAGGAUUUCCAGCGACCUUAUUACGUUGAUUCGAAGAUGAAGGUUGAUUGCGAGGUCGAUAAAGCUGCUGGGAGUGUGCAACAGCCUUCUGGAGUCUUAAUUGAACAUGAUAUGAAUGACUUGCUAUUAUAUUCUCCUAAUCAACUAUGUUUUAAACCGGACAAAUCUCACUGUUCAAGUGCUAAAACUUCAAAAAACCUGAACAACAGAAGUUUGGAAGCAGCUUUAAAUAAUAGCAUUUCUUCAAACCCAUGCUCAAGUGAUAGCUCCCCUUCUGUUCUUGAAAAAAAUCAUGACGUUUCUUCAUUUCCAGUUACUUGUGUGCCAUCCGAGAACCUUGGUGAUCAUCCUGGAAAUGAUGCUGGUUUUGACACAUUUAGCAUAUUCGGAGGAACACCUUUUAGAAGAAGCAUUGAAUCACCUUCAGCAUGGAAGUCUCCUUGGUUCAUGAACACUUUCUUGCCUAGCCCCAGACUUGAUACUGAAAUAACAAUCGAGGAUUUUGGGUAUUUUAUAAGCCCAGGCAAUAGGAGCUAUGAUGCGAUUGGGUUGAUGAAACAGGUGAAGGAACAAACAGCGGCUGCGUAUGCCAAUGCUCAGGAGAUUUUGGAAAGUGUAACUCCCAAAGCAAAAGAUUCAUCUGGACAUGUCAGGGAUACAGACCAGGAAAACAAGGGUCAUCCUAAUCAGCCCGUGAAUCAUUCUCAGGUGCCCCGAAAUGCUUUGGUCGAGCGACGUAUACUCGACUUCAGUGAGUGCAAAACACCAGGGAAGGAGGGCAACGGCAAAGGCUCUGCUCAGAACUUCUCAAGCCCUUCGUCAUAUUUGUUAAAGGGAUGUAGAUAGUUGCCUGUUUAUAGUCAUCGGCUCACAGCUACAGCCUCCGGUUGCGAGGAGCUUCCAUUUCUUGUAAUGAUAUAUAUAUAUAUAUAUAUAUAUAUAUAUAGCAUGUCAGUUUUUUUGAAAUUUUUUGGCCUUUACUUAUACAGGUAUCAGACAUCAUUCGUGAUUUAAAGAAAAAUAAUCUUGCUUGUCGGUUUAUGAUGAUAUUCGUAAUCUGUAACCUCCUGAGUGAGAAGACUCAACAUGAUUAAGAUUUUUCUAUGAUUUGAACCUGGUCAA